AUGAGAUCUCUGCGUGCCAGGUCCAAUUCUGUGCCUAUUUCGCAAAGCAGUAUUCGAUCAAAGUUACAUAGUGUGAAGCAACGUAUUCGUUCACACAGCUCUACAGAACUUGCUUCGUCUGAGUAUUGGAACGCCUUGGUACGCAAUGAUGAACAACAACAUCUUUUGCUUCUGCAUUCUGUUCAUUCUAACGAAAGGUUGGCUUUUGAGAAAUCAAACCGGUCGCGUUCUGUGAAUUCUGACAACAGGGAAAUUGGUAGUGUAAAUGAAUUUCAUCGUCCAUCCGACGAUGACGAGGUCGAAACAGAUGAGGACGAUGAUGAUAACGAGAAUGAUAAUGAAGAUGAUGAUGACACUCUGGAGCAUUCCCCAGUAAUGCACGGAAUUUCACCACCUCAUCUAACCUCCGUUCCUAGUACGAGCAGUAAAGAAGUGAAAAGCGCUGCUUCAAACAAGUUUGAGAGUGAAAGGAGAUUUCUCAGGAAUUGUGUGAAGUGUAUCAAGCCAUUAUGUUUCAAUGAGCCUUGGACCAAUAAGACUUUGGUGAAGGCAACGUCACUCGCUCCGCUAGAUUUGCGAUUUUCGAAACAACUCUAUUCUACACUAGUAGAAAAUAGCGAGCUCUCGGCAUUGGCUCUAUUGAGUCAACACGAGAAGCAUGAUAAAUCGCCAAAGUCAAUGAAAUCUCGCAAAAGAUCAAUUUUCUUGAAGCAUCUGGCCACUGGGAAUUCACAUUUACCUAUUUGCAUGCCCAAUCACAACUUGCGAGAGUAUGUUGUCGGAACGCACCUGUUGGUUCCAAAGGAGCUAUAG